CAUAUUACGUUUGUCACACUUUGUUCACAAUAUCAAGUCGACGGCAUGUUAAUAAUUAUGCAAAGAAUGAGGCCUAGAGACAGUCAAUGAAAAAAAUCUCUGCGAGCUGAGCUGCAUGUGUAUAGCUGGAGGACGACCAUGGAUGGGGAGCAAGAUCAGGGAGGAAAACGUCGAGUGUUUGCCUGCUCAUCAUGCCAGUUUUCAAGCCCUUAUGAUUAUUAUGGAAAAAGGCCUGGGUUUUUGAAAUCUAUCGUGUUGCUUGAAGAGGCAUAUGUCAUGAAAGAUCCAUUUACACCAGAAAAUAGGCAUCUAACCAUUGGUGGACACUGCUCGGAAUGUAACAAACCUGUUUGUGUCAAUAAAGAUUGCAGUAUAUUCUACACAAGACGAUUCUGCCUUGACUGUGUUUUGGAAAACUUUCAGGAAUUUCCCAAAGAAGUACAGCAGGAAGUAAACAAGAAGGAUAAUGGUUGAAAUGGUUUAUGCCGAGAGCUAGAAGUGCAUACAAUGGUACGCUUGAACAGCUAAAGCCGAUGAAGGAGAACAUCUAUAAGUGUUGGGAAAGACCAGCAAGUCAGGAAUUGAACUGAGAUAAUAAGCAGGUGUUUGAAACAAAUUGCACCUUAAGAUGCCUUUUUUCCUAAAUUUUUGCCCUUCAUCUUGGUGUCUGUUGAUGUCUAUAUUUGUUUUCACUCUCAUCUUUAUUGUGAUUCAUAUUUGUUUAUAGGAAGAAUGAUCAUGACUCCUUUGGCUGACCAUUGCUAAUCACACCUACAGUGCAAUUCUGAUUUCAAGAAGUCAGCCUUUAAUAGGUAGUCCUCUCAACCCAGGUGUUACAUGGAUACCUGGUAUGAUUUGAAAGCCUAUUUAGUAUGCCUAGCAAUUGAGUCUUGGAACUCUUGUUGGGUUGCUCUCCUGGGAGUGGAGAAAAGCAUGCAUUGUGUGCGGUAAUGCAAGGGUCUGAACACAAAGUAAUUCAGAAAUAAAGUUGGUAUUCUGUUAUAAACUGGAUUCCAAAAGAAACUUAUCAAACUUCAGAAGCGCACUACACAAAUUUCACUCA